CUUAAGCAAAGCAGUUUGUGUGCGCGUAAUGAAUAAUAAUGAGUCAUGACUUUUCCUUGUCCUCUCUCUCUCUCUUUCAAACUUUUCAUUCUCAAGCUUUGAAACAAUCUAUUUAGAUGAGAUGGUUUACACGGUGAGUGAUAAAAAGCUGUAUAUGAAUGAAUGAAUGACUAAUGACUCAUCCUUUUCCUAUCGCACAUCAAACCCCUCAAGCCGGCCAACCAAGACCAAACUCUCUCUCACAGACAUCUCUCUAUACAUUUACGAUCUUUUUUUAUUAUUCAAUCUUUAAUUAAAUUUGACCAAAUCAUUUAUAGAUUUGAGUUUGGCUUGGAGAGAACCAGAUAUAUCUGUAGCCGACCUACAAAAUUCGAUUCCCCAGGUGCAAUCGAACUCCAAUCUGUUUUCCGGUUCUUCAAAGGUUGGUCGAUCUAAAUUUGAUUAUAAGUUCGUGGAUGUGAUCUAGAUUUUGGAUUAGAUUGUUGGGUUUUCUCAAAGAUCGGUUUUAAUUUCUGGGUUGAAACAAAAUGGUGUCUUUUCGUAGCUCAAUUUCGGUUGACCAGCACUUAAACAUGGCUGAUUCUGUGAAUUCAAUUUACCCUACUUUGAAAUUGAGGCAGAUUAAUCAAGUACAAAAGAAUAAAAAGGUACCCAAUUCGCAAAAUCACUCGAGUGUUCCUGUUUGCCACCGAUCUCGAUCUACUGUGAUCGAUGUGGUAAUCCUAAUUGCUGUGAUUGGUGCUUGUGGGUUUUUACUAUUUCCCUAUAUAAAGUUUGUAUUCCAUAAUAUUGUCGAGACUGUUGGAUUAAUCAUGUAUGAGGUGAAACAGGAGGUUUUGAGUGCUCCCGUUAUUUAUGGUUGUUUGGGACUUAGCAUUUUAUGUGCAGUGAUAGCUGUUUCAGCAAUGACAGUAUGCACAAGUACCAAAUGUGGGAAGCCAGAUUGUCGUGGACUAAGGCAGGCAGCCGAAUUCGAUAUCCAGAUUGAGACAGAGGAUUCUGUGAAGAAUUCAAAUAAUUCUGCCAAGGAUUGUGUGAAAAAGGGUUUGUUUGAAUUGCCUCUCUACCACCAUAGAGAACUAGAAGCCGAGUUGAAGAAGAUGGCACCCCCUAAUGGAAGAGCUGUUCUUGUGUUUCGGGCAAGGUGUGGGUGUUCUGUUGGCAGAAUGGGAGUGACUGGCCCGAGGAAGACUCGAAAGGUUAAGAAGUAGUGAUGAUAUGGUUGCAAUUCUAUAUGAAGGAUAUUCAAUACAGGAGUAUUUUUAUUACAGAGAAGUGACUUUCCUGGUCACUUUUCUUUGAAUACAGGAGUAUUUUUAUUACAGAGAAGUGACUUUCCUGGUCACUUUUCUUUGAAUUAUAAUUGUCUUUUAUACAAGCUCAUACCAUUGAGUGUAAGGAUUAUAUAUACUUUAGUAUAGUGAGAAUAACAAAAUCCUUCAUUUAUUUUGCA